CUGUGAUGUAAUCUCGCCAUCACCACCAACUGCAAAAAUCUCUGACAGCCCGAAAUAUAAAAGAUCCCGCGAAAUGACUUAAAAUAUUUUUUCAUAUUGACCAUAUACUCAGACACAAUGAGGAGCAACAAUGGGCCUGUCGGCGACAACAACGAAACAUCCCUCAGCUCAACGCGAACAAUAUCCCAUAAUGAAACCCAUACCAACCAAAACCCCGGCUUCAUGUCACUAGCCGGCCCUCCCCAAACCUCAAACCAGGGCAUCGCAUACCUACACCCAGACUACAUCAGCCUCAACCCGCAGUAUAGCCAGAAACACCAGGACAAGCCAGUAUGGAGUCUUGCACAACCACUGCCCCAUGUCGUGCGCAGCGGGAUGCGAUCGGAGGACAAGGAAACUGGCGAAGACGACCACGGACAGGAAAGCGUCUCCAGACCGAAUGUAAACGCCGACAACCAACCUGCCUCGACUGAACCACCCGCCGCGACGCCCGCAGACAAGGAGGAAGAACAGGGUAAGCUCGAAGCGCAGCAGUCCACAAAGGAUAACCGAGACUUCUUCAACGCCUGGGGCAAAUGCCGACACUUUCUCCGCCAGGAAUUAGCAGAAUGGCUGGGCGUGACUGUUGCAAUGACGCUCGGUCUCUGCGCGGGUCUAUCCACAUUCACAUCGCAGAACCAGGCGGGUUCGUUCCCUUCUCUUGCUGCAGCUUGGGGAUUCGCCUUUAUGAUUGCCAUCUAUGUCGCCGGUGGGAUUUCUGGUGGACAUCUUAAUCCGGCUAUCACGAUCUCUCUUGCUGUCUGGCGUGGAUUCCCGGCACGGCGAUGUUUAACAUACACCGCUGCUCAGAUCAUCGGGGCUAUUACUGCCAGUGGGAUUGCAUACGCCAUCUACCAUGAUUCAAUCGUCCAGAUUGCAGCGAUCAGCAAUGUCCCACAGUCACAGUCCCUCGCGAAGCAGGCUAUGGUCACGAUGCCCAAGGAAUUCGUACACCCCGCUGCAGCCUUCUUCAGCGAGUUUGUCGGCUGUGCGAUUCUCGUCGGUGUAAUCCUGGCUCUGGGUGACGAUACCAAUGCGCCGCCUGGGGCCGGUAUGCAGGCAUUCAUCAUCGGCCUUCUUAUUACCGUUCUUAUACUCGCACUUGGCUUCACUACAGGAGGAUGCUUCAACCCAGCUCGUGAUUUCGGGGGAAGACUUGUCGCUGUUAUGGCGGGCUGGGGAGGACAUUUGUUCCGCGAGCGCAAUGCAUGGUGGGUUUGGGGGACUUGGAUUGCUGAUAUAUUUGGCGGCUUGUUUGGAGGAUUUCUUUACGAUUUGAUUAUCUUUACCGGGGGUGAGAGCCCGAUUAAUUAUCCGCCUCGACGCAGGAAGAGGGCGUUCUUGCUGAAGGAGAGGAAUGCGAGGAAGAGAACGCGGUUUGGACAGCAUAGGAUUCCGGAUCUGGAGAGGGCGGCGCAGGAUUUGGAAUGAUUUAUAUACUUGUUGGUACUAGUUGAGUCAGAUACAGCAUGGCGGCGUUAUAUUGGUGUCUGCAUCGGGUGUAUAUGAGCAUAGCGAGACGAUACAUGUACUUCAUUAAAUCGAUUAUUUGGUCAAGCAUAACCAAUUAAUGCCAGUAACCGUCCU